CGAGUAAUAAAGUCACUUGCCACGCGGCCAAGGGGUUGACCAACAUGAAGGUGUGUCGCAUGGCAUACCGCACCUUAGACACGAUGGACGACGUCGGAAUGCGAUUUGUCGAUGCGGCACGAGGAAUCGGUCCCACAACAAACACACCUCCGUCGUCCAUGGCCUCUGCCGGGCUGGUCCAUGACGCUUUAUCCAUGUCACUUUAUCCAUAGGGGCAUGAGACAAUGCGCCCCACCCACCCUCGCCCCAUCUUCUCAUCAGUCAUGAUGCAAACAUGUCCACAUCGUCCUCCGCCCCGCCGGCCCCACCAGCACCCCUCAGCAACGUGUCCAUCGCUGACACAACCAGAGGGAUGCGGUGUGUGUGAGUGCGUGUGUUCCCUCCCUCUCUUUGUUCAGGCCGGAUGACCCACCUUGUUUCCUCAUGUCUUGGUCGAGAGUGCCGUCGGGGAGGACGUCUUGCCUCUGGUAGACCUGCACGUACGACUCGCUGAGGGCCACCAGCUGCGGCAGCACCGCCGUCACGCGCAGAUCCUCCAUCUCAUACCACUGAUUCGACGGCUGAUCAAACAUACCAGCGACACACACGACCGCACAAUGCCGAAAUGCUCGGGUGUGGUGGUCUGAUCCCUCCCGCUUUCCCUCCCUCACUAACCGCAUGGAGAACGUGUGCGCGGUAUUUGCCGUCGUGCGGUUUGCCCUCGUGGCACACGUUGGCGAUCAGGUCGUACCGGGUCACCGGGUUCUCCUCCUGCGCCUCGGGGUGCACGUCUACCACACACACACACACACAGAGAGACAGAGAGAGAGAGAGAUGCACCCGACCCCACCACCAUGUGUGUCUCCACACGUACAUUCUCUGAGGUCGAGGUUCUUGACGGGGAACGUGACGAUGGUGGGGUUCUUCUCGAGGAAGAAAUUGUUCUUGGAGAAGCGCUUGAUGUGGAAGACCAGGUAGGGCGGCAGGCGCCAGAGAGAGUACCGCUUCACCUGCCCGCGCAUCGUCUCGUGCCGCGUCUCGCCGUCGAACUUCUGCAGCAGGUCGAAGAUCGGAACCUGAUAACAGAACAGAGAAAGAUAGAGCACCAAGAAAACGAGACACAUGCUGUGUGUGGCAUGUGGGUGGUGUGGAUGGGUGAGUGCGGGGGCGUACGGUUGGGAUCAUGUUGCGGUCGAGGGAGUCCUUGAAGAUGGGCGAGGGGGGCACCUCCAGGGUCAAGUAACUGAGGCAAGGAGGGAGGGAGGGACGGAGGGGACGGAUGUGUCCGUGGCGGUCGAGCCAUCGGUGAGUGGUGUUUGUAGUGUGUGCAUGGUUACAGGAACGGGGUCUUGGACUCCUCUGGAGGCUUCACCGACUCAUCGGCUGCACACACACACACACAAAGUGCACGUUCCCCUCCCUGCCUCCCUGUACACCCUCUUCCUCACCGUUGACAUCUGACGUCUUGACGAACACAUCCCCCUGGAAACACUGAUGCACCACCGAACCUGCACGCCAAACAAACCAGUGCUCAAUCGGCCCGCCAGCCGUGUGUGUGUGUGUGCGUACUUCCGGUUUGUUUGUCUUUGAGUUUGGCGUGUAGCCUGUUCAUGAGCCACACAAAGAAGGUCAGGGGGUCCUCCUGCUGCCCGAUGCGGAACUUCUUCUCACUCGCCACACCCACUGCCUGCAUACACACACCAUGCCACACCAUACCACACCACACCAGACGGACACACGUGCAUCUGUGUGUCGCUCUGCCCGUCGCUCCCUCCCUCCCUCCCUCUCCCUCUCUCUGCGUGUCUGUCUCACCUGCAUGAACUCGUGUGGCGACACGAUGCCCUUGAAGUUGCGCGGGUUGAAGAUCUUGCGCAGCAGCUCGCUGCAAUUCAGCAACACCGGGUCGGGCCUCUGCACAAACAAACCAGUAAGACCGUAGACUGCAGCGGGAGGCGCUCGCUUGUGUGUGACUCACUUAUUGCACACCUGUUUGUGCGAGAGGUCCAGCAGCAGCAGUGCGUUUCGCAGGGGGAUCACUUGACACAGAAACUGCACAACGACAUUGCAGUAGUCCGUCCGCUUCAGGUCGUUCAAACCGAUGCAGCCUGACACAACACAACACACCCAGUGUGUGUAUGAGCGAGCCAGCCUUUCGUGUGGAAGGCUCUCCCGCCCAUGCCGUCCCACCAGGGAUGAAGUCGGUGCCGUCGAGUGCCUUGCCGUAGACGAACCGCUUGCUGCUGAGGUCCUUGACCUCAUCGGGCGUGUACGUUGGCUUCAAGUUGUACUGAACACACACACAGCCACAGAUAGGCAGGCAGCAGGUGGGAAGGGUGCGCCUGUCGUAGCUGUGUGUGUGGGUAGUGCGGCAACCUUGAUGUCGUUGAGGGAGGCGUCCUCGACCAGGUAGUUCUCGGGCAGACAAUACACCUGCAGCAAUGCACCGCACCCAUCAAUGCAGCGGUGUGUGCGUGUGUGGCCAGGCAGGGCAGCCCACUCCAGCCCACGUUGCAGUCGCUGAGGUUGAUGUACACGUAGUGCCCCUCCUCCAACGCAUGGGUGUACGAAUGGGUGUUCUUGCCACGACCUGAUUGACACACCCAUCCAUCCAUCCAUUCACCCACCCAGGCACACACACCUUAUCGUCUAUCUCUCCCUCCCUCCCUCCCCCCUGUCUGCCCGGCUCACCCUGGAAGUAUUUGCCGCACACGAGGCAGCAGUAGACGUGAAGGUUGGACAGGGUGAUAGAGCAUAGCUUCUCGAAGUCAAAGUCCAGCAGGUGCCGAUUCACCGUCCCGAGGUAGGGGCACGUCCGCCGCUGAGGGCGGACUCUCGGCGCCCUCUUCCCGCCCCCUCUCUGCUCCUUCUUGACGAUAUCCUUCUUGUCCUCCUCCGCCUCCACCUUGACUGACGCAGUCGACUGCGCAUUGUUGGAGCCCGUCACGGUGACGUCGGCCUCGUCAUCGGUCUCGCGCUUGAUGGGGGGAGAAUAAUCGUGCGACCUUUGGGGUGCACGCACCUUGAUGCGCUUCGCCGGCGGCGCGUCGGAUGCACCAGCCGCCGCUGCUGCUGAUGCGCUGGCGCUCUCGGACAUGCUGGCUUGAUGUUUCUUCCGCUGCGUG